AUUACCUUUUUGUAGCUUGUCCAACGUGUGAAAAUUGUAUAAUUUAGUAACUCCCGACACAGGUACUUCCGCUAUACCUUGUCGUCUCCGCUGGUAUGUUGUUCCGUUCCGGCCUUGUCUCGAACGACCUCGACAGCCAUAAACUAUAUAUAUAUAGAUUGCGUCAAAGGGAAUCGACUACUUCAAACAGGCCAGCUUCGUCCGAGGAGCGUGAAUCAGAGGAUAGAGAAGCUCCGUUCUGGCCAGCCAUGCGGUAGUAACCACGACGACGACUUAAAUCACCAUGGCUUACGAACAGCGUGGGGAGCGUGACUAUGGAACUGGCGGAGGAGGAGGAGGAGGAGGAGGAGGAGGAGGAGGAGGAGGAGGAGGAGGAGGAGGAGGAGGAGGAGGGAGAGGCGGAGGCGGAGGCGGUGGAGGUGAAGGAGGUGGUGGCUAUGAAGCUGGUGGCUUUGGGAGAGGACGUGGACGACGCCCCGUCACAGACUACGGCGCGACGAUGGUCCAUUGGAUGCAGAAUCGCCAGCCGCGCUACAAGGCACGCCUCCAAGGAGAGAUGGAGAGGCCGAGUCCCAGCUACAUCGUCGAUAUGCUUCCUCCCCUUGCCAGGAUAGACAAGGCUGCUGAUACCAUACCCGCUCAUCAUUUACAUUCUUCCCUUAACAAAAUCAAGCAUCCAGUGAACGUUGUGCGCUGGACGCCGGAAGGCCGCAGGCUGUUGACAGCAUCCAGUAGCGGUGAAUUCACGCUAUGGAACGGCACGGGCUUCAACUUCGAGACCAUCCAACAGGCUCACGAUGUUGCCAUCAGAGCGCUUUCGUACUCACACAACGGCGACUGGCUGAUCUCGGCAGACCACGACGGUAUCAUCAAAUACUGGCAGCCCAACUUCAACAAUGUCAAAGUUAUCCAGGGCCACGGCGACCCCAUCAGAGAUAUGGCGUUCAGCCCCAACGAUUCCAAGUUUGUCACGGCUUCAGACGACUCAACUCUUAAGAUCUUCGAUUUUGCAGGGGGAGUUGAAGAAUCGACAAUUACGGGCCACGGAUGGGACGCCAAGAGCGUCGACUGGCACCCAACUAAGGGCCUGAUCGUCUCGGGGUCCAAAGAUCAUUUAGUGAAGCUAUGGGAUCCUCGAACAAGCCGCUGCCUAACCACCCUACACGGCCACAAGAACACCAUCACCAAGACCCUAUUCGAACGGGUGCGUGGAUUAUGUCUCGCCACCUCCGCACGAGACCAAACAGCACGCGUCUUCGACCUAAGAAUGAUGCGCGACAUCUGUCUCCUCAAAGGCCACGAAAAAGACAUCUCAACCAUAACCUGGCAUCCAAUCCACUCCAACCUUCUAAGCACCGGCGGCUCCGACGGCUCCCUCUUCCAUUACCUCCUCGAUGAACCCCAUACACCCGCCGGCACCAUGCCAUCCACCGCCGUCUGCGACAGUCCCGACCCCGCCACAGCCCCCUCGCAAACCAUCCACCCCGCCCACAAAAUCCCCUUCGCCCACGACUUCGCCAUCUGGUCCCUCGACUGGCACCCGCUCGGCCACAUCCUCGCCUCCGGCUCCAACGACCGCCUCACACGCUUCUGGACGCGCGCGCGCCCCGGCGACUCUACAGUCUUCAAAGACCGUUACCAUAUCGGCGAAGCGGCUGCUGAGGCGGAGGGGACGUGGGAUCGCAGGCACUGGAGGCAGAAGCGCCAGGAGGACGAGGAACAGGAGAUGGAAGAUGAGAUGGACGGACUAGAGGAUCAGAAGAUGCCCGCGAAGAUCCCUGGACUCCCAGGUAUUCCCGGCCUACCACUUCCCGGAUCCCAACCCAUGAUCCCCGGCAUGGGCGCCGUCGCGCCUCCUCCCCAGCUACCAUUUAACCUCUCUGGUCUACCGGGACUAAGCGGCAACCUCCCACCGCCCCCGCCGAUGGACCCGAAUAACCCCCCCGAUCUCGCUACACUCACAGCUAUGAUGAAGAAAGCCGGUAUUCCACCUCCACCUCCCCCAGGACAGGGUGGGCAAUUCCCACCUCCCCCUCCCGGAAUCCUUCCACCCGGUUUGUUACCACCGGGAUUCACACUCCCGCCUGGAUUCCCACCGCCUCCACCGGGGAUGGCAGGUAUGCCGGGACUUCCUCCUGGGCUGGGAAACGCACCGCCGCCGAUACCGGGUUUUGCGGCCCAGAGUGCUGAGGAGGCGGGUGCGGGUGUGAGGAAGCGGGGGCCGUUGCCGAGUCAGCAGGAGAGUUUGCAGAUGGAGCAGAGGAAGGGGAAGUAUACGCGUGCUAGAUAGUUUUGGGUGGGGUGUAUGAAUAUAGGUUGCUAGUUGGAAAGUGUUAGGUUGAGGGGAAAAGUGUGGUGGGCUGGCAAACACCAGUGGGUAGGAAUACAGGCAAUGGUGCUGUUAUUAUGUACAUCACAUCUGCGGCGUUAGAUACCAUGGCG